UGAGCAACUGGUCCUGAAGCACUGAGCCUGUUCCAUUCCCCACCCCCCACUCCGCAUCUUGUAGACUCACCCAGACUUUAGAUUAGCAUCACACUUUUACUUUAGGAUCUCUCACCUGGGAAUUACAGAGGGAAUUAUUUUGCUGACUUUCUACACUGGCUUUGGGUUCUCACUAGUAAUCUCUCUUUACUGUAAAAUUAAAAAAAUUUUUAAAGACUUUGUUUUUGUAGAGCAGUUUUAGGUUUAUAACAAGAUUGAAAGGGAAAUAUAGAGAUUUCCCAGAUACUCCUUGCCCCUACAAAUGCAUAGCCUCUCCAUUAUCAACAUCGCUUGUUACAACUGAUGAACCUACACUCACACAUCAUAAUUGCCCAGAGUCCCUAGAUCAUGUUCGGGUUCAUUCUCAGUGAUGUACGUUCUACGUGUCUGGACAAAUGUAUAAUGACGUGUAUGCAUCAGUAUAGUACUAUGCAGAGUGCCUUCACUGCCCUGAAAAUCAUCUGUGUUCUGCCUCUUCAUUCCUCCCCUCCCCCAUCCAAUAACCAUUGAUCUUUUACUCUCAGUAGAUUUGCCUUUUUCAAAAUGUCAUCAUGCAUCGGAAUCAUGCAGUAUGUAGCCUUUUCAGAUUGGCUUCUUCCACUUAGAAAAUGAAUUUAAGGUUCUUUUGUGUCUGUUCCUGGCUUUAUAGCUCAUUCCUUUUUAUUGCUAAAUAAUAUUCCAUUGUCUGGAUGGACCUAUGUCCUGCUUCUAAAUAGCAUUGUUCAGGAAGUGGGAAGACCUAGGAGAGACCACAGUCAACCUCAAAAAGCCAUUCUCCAUGUAAUGAGUGAUGUGUGGAAGCAGAAAGAAGCACUGGAACUGAAAAAGCCAGGCAGCUGAGGAAGAUAAAUGACCCAGCAGGAAGAAAGUCUUUGAUGAUAGAAAGGCCUUGGCACACAGUAGAUGCUGGAUGCUGGUAAGAUGCUAGAAUUACAUCCUGGGAAAGGGAAGAAACCAACUCUGAGAGAGACUGACGUUGACGUUUGUGUAUGUUGUUUGUUUGUGCCACCUGGGUGGAAUGAAGACUUGGAGUUAGAAACUGAGUUAUAAAAAAUAUAUUUCUGGGACACCUGAGUUUCUGAAUUGAGAUUCCUACCUGCUGUGCUAAAUAUUUGUGUGAUCUUUCACUUAGUGUCUUCCUUCUCUCCUAGACUGUAGGCUCCUUGAGGGUAACACUAUCUGUUUUGCUCACCACUGUAUCUCCAACACCUAGAACAGUCCCUCCACAGAGGAGUUAUUGCAACAAAUAUUUGUUGAAUGAAUGGAUUAUCAAAUUAAUGGAAGAAAUGAUGGUUUCAUGCUUGCCCCAUAUUAUAACAUGAUCUAAUAUUUUAAGUAUGAUUUCCUCACUAUCCUAACAAAGCUUCACAGACGGUAAAAUAUUUUAACUGUGGAAAACACGUAGAACAUAAAAUCAGCACUGAAAGUUGCUCCACAGGUCACAGCUUUCUUUGUACUAUAACAGCAAAAAAUCAAGUUUCCUGCUCAAGAUAAAAAUCAAAAACAAACCCAUGAUCACUUUCUCGAGGUCAGUAUUGCUGCUGCUUUGUGGGGGUGCGUUCCCACUGGCUGUUUAGGGGCCCAAUGUACCUCCAACGUAAAGCACUUAGCAAGAUGCACCAAGUAGGUGCUCAAAAAUGUCAGUUCUCCUGAUGGUCCCAGACCACAUCCCCACUUCUUGGUCUGAGAACCCCUUUGUUCGUGCAACUGGCUGGUCCUUGCCAAGGCCCCCCGCCUGCAGGAGAUACAGGCUGUGUUGAUGACCUCGUUUGAUCCUUCGUACAUCUGGGCUUUGCGUCUUGUUUGUUCAGGAUUUAGUAUGAUGUUCAAAUCCACCCUCAGAUGCAUAGAACAUUUACUAGGGUAUCAGCCUUCAUUUGCUGAGGUUGGCAGAUUCAGUUGGUAAUAAAACUAAAAGGCUAACAGUUUACAUGAAACUAAUUCCUGGGUUAAAUAGAAAGCAGACAUGUCCAUUAAGUUGGAACACAUAAUAAAACAUGGUUAUCAAUCUUAUAAACACGAGCACUGCUUUUUCUAAAUUAAUGAGACACUUAUGCAGCAUCCAGAACAACUCAUGAAAAAUAUACUAUCGCCACGUCUGCAUUUUCUUUGAAUAAGUCAACUAUUAAAAGAUGUGGUGUCGUCAUACAAGGAAGAACAAAGGAUCCCAGGAUAUUUUCAGGAGCUUACAUAAUUUCUCACUGAUAAUAAUUUUAUUGAAUUUUCUAAAUUAUUACACAUAUUUCAAUCACUUAUUGAGUUUUUAUCAAUUUCUAAAAGCCCAAAAUGACAGCAAAAACAUAAUAACAAACUGGCUUCUCUGUCCAUACAAAAUAAAGCUUUAAAUAUCAAUUAUUGUUUUCUAAGAUUAUUUAAAAAAUUUUUUAGCUGCUCGUUUUAAUUCUUACUGACAGAGCAUUUCAAAAAUCAGUAAAAUGAGUGGUAAGAAGGUUUUAUCCAUAAAAUUAGGCAAAAAGUUAUCUAGAUGAGUGGUAUUUCAACAUUCAAUAUUGAAAUAUCAAAUAUUCUACACAUAUUUGCAGAGCAGAAUUUAACCAGUUUUAAAGAGAGGAGGAAAAGGAGUUUCAGGUGAACAAAACAGCACUGCAGAGAGAGAACAUGGACUUCCAAAAAACUGAGGUGUUUGAUGUCGCUGGACCAUUUAGAGUUUGAGGGUAACUAAAACCUGUUCAAGUAGAUGGAGGCCAGAUCAUGAAAGGUCUUGUAGGUCAUUUUAAGGGAAUUUGGACUUUUUCUUGAAGAAAAUGGGAAACCAUUGAAGAGUUUCAAGGUGGAUAAUAAAAUAAGCACAUCUUUUAGAAAGAUCAUCCUGGCAGCACUGUGGAAAAUGAAUUGAUGAGAGAUAGAGGGCCAAUUGAGAAGCCACUGCAGUAAUGUAAAUAAAAGUUGAGAUCUUGCAGAGGAGAUGGAGUGAGUGGAUCACAGAGAAAUUUAGAAGGUAGAAGAGAGGAGACUUAGUGCUUUAAUGGAUGUGUGUAUGUGGGGGAGGUUUUAGUCAAUGAGGAGUGAGGGAGAAUGAGGAGUUAUGAAUGAUUCCCAGGAAUAGCUGGAUGAAUAGUGGUGCUGUAUGAUGAAAACACUCUCUAGAAUCAGUAAGUAUGAAUAUUAGCCAAGGAUGAGCAGUACCAACUCUAUGUUAGAAAAUAACAAAAAUAAAUUAGUAUUUGCUAACAAACUUAUAUAGUGAUCUCAUCAUCAUCAUUAUCACAAAAUAACUAUAUGUGGUAUGCUUUAUAAUUUAUCAGUGUUGUAAUUAACAUUACCUCAUUUGAUCUCCUGAUAUUUUUCCAUGUUACAAAUUAGAAAAUCGGAUUACAGGUUAAAUUACUUUCUCAAGCUCUCUUAGCUAGAAACUAGAGUGGCAAUACUGAAACUUAACAUUCUAACAUGAAGGCCACUUGGCGCAGUGUAAUAUUUGGUAGAAUUAGAAUCAUUAUUAUUACCAUCAAUGAUCAAUCUGCUGAAAGUUCCUUUUGUGCUGGAGACUCUGAUCAGCACUCUGUAUAACUUAAUCCUGACAACUACCCAAUGAAGUCAAUAUUAUUAUCUCCAUUUUACAACUGAAGAAACUAAGAUUCAGAAACGUUAAGUAUUUCCUAAGGUCACAUAGACAUUAAAUGGCAGAACUGAGAUCUGGUUUCCCAAGUCUGACGCUACAGACAUUACUUACAACUCUUAUACCAACCUGCCCAAACACCAUCAUUAGGCGUUCUUGUGGCCAUAGUUCCUUGAUAAGCAGAAUAUAAAUGAGAGAUAUGUUUACUGAAUCCAUUGUCUAGUUGUUAAUUUGGAAUUUGGGUUCAUGUUAAUUGUAGGCUUUCAUGUAAUCAAUCAUAUUGAGCAUGUAGUAGUUAAUUUCAAUCAUUAAGGCUAAAUAACAGAUCUUUGCUUUGAUCUAAAAUCUUGGAUCAAACAAACAUUCUCUACAUCUGUAAGAUAUAAAUAACUUUAAGAUAAUUAUACUAGUCAGGAUAAGUCAGGUUGUGUUGCUACAGCCAAUAAUUGCCAAAUCUCAGUGGCUUUACAUGAUAAGGAUUUAUUUCUCAUUCACAUUACAUGUUCAUUACAGGUCAGCAGGCAGCCCUACUCCAUAUUGUUCUGACUCAGAGACCUGGUUCCAUUGUCAGGAAGGUUGUUGGUGACCAGGGCAAGGGAGAAGUGGGGGAUCAUGCACCAAUCUUUAAAUGCCAAGUAGAAGCAACAGGUGUCACUUUCAUUCACAUUUUAUUUGCCAAAAUAUGUCACAUGGCCAUGUCCAACUUUAAAGAGCUGAGAAGUAUAACUCUACCAUGAGCCUGGAAGGAGGAGAGCUAGAAAUAUGUCUACUGUAGAAUUCAUGACUAUCCCAGAUAUUAAUCAAUUUCAUGUGAAAGAGUUUCCAGGGUAAAUAAAUUUGGGAAACAUUGAAUGAAACAAAGUUAAAGAAGUUUCCUGACUAUAAGUCUUGUGAGCCUUUACUAUAUUAAUAUGCAUUAUUAAUCUCCAAGAAAGGGACUAUUACUAUGGGAUACGUUUUUCCAAAGACCGUCUUCAAAGACUCAUAUCCCGAGAAAACACUUUAAGAAACAGUCGUCUAAGGUGCUGGCUUUUCAGAACUUAUUUGUAGAAAGAGUAAAGGAAGGAAAGAAAAAGACUAGAGCAGCGCAAAUUUAUGGGUAGUCUGGAGAUUGAGAGUUAUACAUUAAAAGCCAUCUCUAGCAGCUGGUUGCUACCAAAGAUUACAUCUUUCAAUGUCUUGCAUAUGACAUUGUUAAUUUAUUAUUUAUUAGGCAUCAUAUAUUAUGCUAGGUGCUUUACUUAUGUUAACUCAUUCCAUCUUCACAAAAAUAUAAAAUGCACAUUAUCUCCUCAUAGGUGAGGAAACCAAAACUCAGAGAAGACAAUUACGAGUUCAAAGCCACACAGAUAGUAAACUGAGUUGCAGACUAGAUGAGGAGCAAAAGUCACGUCAACCUCCAGACAGAAAGGAUCAAGUGCUCCCGUUAGAGCUACAAACAACAAACUCUUGUUGGUCAAAAGAUGGAGAGAUUCCUUUUCGUUUUGGUUAUCCUCUCUGGCUGGACCUUGAGGAUAUUUGGGAGCCUGGGUGGACAGUCUUAAAUGUGAAGCUGUUCAGAUUUUAUUCUCCAUGUAAUACUGAGCCACUGAAAGUUUUAGAGGUGGGAGUAACAGAAUCAGACAAUUAUAGCAAGACUUAGAAUUUUACUUCAAAGGAGCCCGGAAUUAAUUCAGUCCACCUCUCUCAAUUCACAAAUAGGGGAAAUAGGGCCCCCCAAUUGGAGGUCUACAGUGAGAGCUUUCAGUGUUGACAUUAGCUUUCUCAUCUGGGUAGCUGACCUGGAUGAUUAGCUUGUCUCCUUUUGGUCACAGGCUGAGCUCAGGUCUUGCUGGCCUCUCACCUGCAUCCUAAACUAACACGAGCCCUGAUGAAGUCCUAAGUCCCAAGCCUCCUACUUUUUGAAUACUCAUUUGCCCCAAUUCUCUACUUUGACCUUAGUUUAGGCCACCGUCACGUCUCAUCUAAAUUAUUGCCAAAGCCUUUCUCUGUUUCUCCAGCCUCAAAUCUUGUCCCCCUUAAUCCAUUCUCCACACUGCAGCCAGAGGAAUGGAGAAAGUAACAAUUCUUUGAGGUAAUAGGUCUAUUUUUCAGAGUCAUAAACGGUUUCAGUCAGUGCAUAGAUUAUCAUGUUCUGGUUCCCAGCUUCCCUACAGAACAGCGAUGUCACAAGAAAUAUGGGUGAUAUGAUCUUGAUUACAGGGCUAAAGUGAUAUUUUUUCAACCAGAGAUUACAGACAAAGAAUCAACAGAAUCAACUAAAUAAUUAUUUGUUCAAUUGCUAAAAAGUGAGUCAAACUCCCACAUUCUCGGUUUAGGUAAGAGCUAUGCAAGAACUGGUGCUUUCAGAAGGUUUAGCAGAAGAGCAAUUAUAUUCUUUAGCUCUUCGGGGGUUAUGGAUUCAAUUUUCUAUUAGAAAAAUGUGCAUUGAUAAAGACAUACAUAAGUCAUAGGGUGAAGGAUAACAAGGAAGAUUCUAGUCAGAGGAAUUCUCUUGACUUCUACAGGAAAGUUCUCUUUUCUGAUUUAUCACAAUGGUGAGGGAAGGAGGCAAUUAACAGUUAUUGACUCUUUAUUUUGCCAGGCAGGAAACACAUUAUCUCAUUAGCUCUAUGAUGUAGUUACUAUCAUCAGUAUCAUUUUACAAAGAAAGAUUCUUGGGGAGGUUAAUACCUUGAUUAAGAUUCUAGAUCUGGUAAGUGAGAAACCAAGAUUCAAAUCCAAAAGAUGAGAUCCUGAAUUCUUAAGUGUGAUUUCUCAGUGCUUUGACAUAGAUGGUGCUUUCAACACUCACAAAACCCUAAUGAGAUAGGCUUUCUCAUUCUAGAGAUAUGGUUAUUGAGACUGAAAGAGUUUAAAACUUGCCCUGCGUCUCCCAGUAAGUGGCAAGGCUGACAUUGAAACUCAUACUUGGCUACUUCCAAAGUCAAUGUGUUUUCCUGAUAUUUUCCAAGACAGCGUUCUGUUUGUUGUCUCAUGGACGCAGCUAAUGGUAAGAGAUGGUGUCCAGAAGGGACUCAAUAACUAGCAAUCAUCAUAAAAGCUCACUAGCAAAACUUCACGGUGUAACCUAUGUGCUUAGCAAAUAUUGUUAAAACGAGGCUCUGACCAAUAAAAUGUCAGGAAAGUUAGUAUAAAUUGGACAAGAGUGUGAGGGUAACUUCAAAACUUGACUUGGCAAUCUUCACUGCAUCAGAGUUUCACUCAGUCCUCCACAAAAUGAAGGGUGCCAUUUUCACCUUAUUUCUAUUCUCUGUCCUGCUCGCUGUCUCAGAAGUGAGGAGUGAAGAGUCCAGGAAGCUCUGCGGGCUGGAGUACGUAAGAACGGUCAUCUACAUCUGUGCCAGCGCCAGGUGGAGAAGGCAGCUGGCGGGGACCCCUCAAGUUCAGCAAGCUGAGUGGGACAACUACUUCCAGCUGCCAAGUGACCGUGGGGUCUCUGAGGACAGCCCUGCGCAAAACCUUCCCAAGGCGGAGUCCUCCGGGAAGGAAGGUCUUCAGGGUGGACAGCCGUCCGCCGAGGAGCUUUGGGCGUCCAAGAAGCAUUUGCUGAUGUCAAGACGAGACCUGCAGACGGUGUGCUGCACCAAUGGCUGUUCCAUGACUGACUUGAGCGCUCUCUGUUAGGGCGAGCAAGGCCCCCGCGGGCGCGCCAGAGCUGGGGCGCGUGUUUGCGCAGAGUCCUUACUCCACGUACCACACUGGCAUCGUGUCGAUAAAAUAAUGGCUUUUGGGUAGGCAAGCGUUCUUUACUCAAAGUUGUGCAUGAAUGGCUAAAACCACAAUGAGGUCUGUUUUCUCCCUUUGCCAAGGUGAAUGCCCUGUGCUUUUCCAGUUUUAACUAAUUCUUUGAAAUUUCGAAUGCUGCGCAAAAUUGCAAUAAAAAUGCCAUAAGCCAA